CAAGCCUGCGUAUCUCGCUUGUGAUUCUUCGCAGAGAGAUCCAGCGCUGCUGCUGCUCCUCCUUUCAUUGCCCUCUGGCUCAAGACUGACGCCCAAGUGGUGUCGUCAUUUUUUCACUGGCACUCACUCUGUACACUUACUUAGCGCGGGCAUCGAUCACCAUGGCGUGCCGUACGGCGCUAGUGACGGUGCUGCCAUCGGUCUGCUCUGCCAUCUGGUAUAAGCCGUACGCGUCGGCGGACGGCGUGAGCGAAAGCAUGGAGAGUGCGCUCAGGCCUACCGUCGAGGCCGACUGCCAGGUGGCCAAGGAGGGGUCCUUGUGCUACACCUCGAUACAAUGGCUCCUCUCAUCGGGCUUCAAUGAAAACCCUACGUGGUACCCUGGCUACAGCAGCGAGUCCAGCCCCGAGGAGGUGCAGGACAUGCUCUAUGGCCUCGAGAAGGCGUCGUGCCCCAGGCCCUGCUUCGCGAAGGUGGCGCCGCCCUCUGAGGACGAUGCCACCGCUGCCAGCAUGCCCAAAUUCGACUGCCGGGACACGACCGAGGGUGACCUGUGCUACUCUUCGAUCGCCUGGUUAAGGGAGGCCGGCUUUCAGUUGUACCCUGAUUGGUACCCUUCCCUCUCGGUCAGCUCCAGCACAUCUGCGAUCCAGGCCGAGCUGCAUCGCAAAGGCAAGUCCGACUGCGCUUGGCCAUGCGCACUCGAGGAGGAGAGGCAGCAAGCAAAAAUGGAAGCUGGCGCUGUGAAGGAUUCAUCCAAGUACGCAGUCCAAAAAGAUGCUUCCAGACCGGAUAAAGAAACGGAGAUCUUGUCAUCGACCACGCAGCCAGAGGAGGACACGUUGGUAGAUCAUGACUGCAGGGACGCACAGCCAAAUACGCAGUGCUACAAUGAUGUGGCCUACGCUUUGGCAGAAGGCAUCCGGCUUCACGAAGCCUUGUACGAAGGCCUCACGCAGGCUUCCCACUUCAAGCAGAUCCAGGAACACCUGUACCUCAACAACCGAUCUGGCUGCACGAGGCCCUGCCCAGAGCAGCAACUUGAUAUCAGAGAGUUGGUCGAUCUCCCAGAGGGCCUCCGCGAGCUGAAGAGGGUCGAAGACAUGAACUUUAAGGAGCUGACCGCGUACCUCAACGGUGAUUGGGACGGUUACGUGGCGAAGCAGUUCCAUCCCAAAAUGGAGAUUACUUCGACAUUCGAGAAGCGUCUGUACGACCCCGUGACGACCACCAUCCUGGAGGAGUCGUUGCCCUUGCCGAUGAUCGACACCAACCUCCAACGGGAUGGAAGCCGAGGCGCGCUCGAGGCCAACUCCGACAGUUCCUCCGACCAGAUGGCGGCCGAGGCGGUCACCAGCACCACGGGCCCAUUGUUGGAGGAGGUCACCAGCACCGCGCCCGACACCGCCCUCGAGGUUUCUGAGGACGGCUUCCUCGUGGAGAAGGUGGUCCCGACCACAGACGCGGCCCGUCGGGUGAUGGAGUGCCUCCGGAAUUUAUCGCGUCAGCUGAACCCAGAUAACUUCGCCUACCUCAGGGCGGAGUGCGAGGACGUCAUGGCGAGGGAGCUGCCCUCCACAGGGGGCCAGCGGGGUGCGCUGCAGACGGAGUCGAUGCGCUACUUUGUGUGGGCACUUCGCCACGUGGAGGAGAUGAAGACCAAGUGGACGACCGUCGUGGAUCAGGACCAAAAGUUGGUCCCGGCCUCGCAAGCGGCCUAUGAGGUCAUGGCGUGUCUCCAGAAACUGUCGAAGGGAUCCGUGACCGAAGCGACCUUUCCCCUACUCGUUGGGGAAUGCACGGACAUCAUGACGAAACAUAUGCCCAACACUGGGGAGCAGCAUGACGCAUUGUAUAAGGAAGCGAUGACGAAGUUCAGGGAGGCUCAAAGCUACGUGGAUGAGCUGAAGGCCAAGGCCAAUGUUCAUGAGAAUGAGACAGAGCAGGGCGACGUGGUUGACGCCGACGUUCAGAAGGUUGUCAAAGCUGUUGUGACGGACGAUCCCAUGCCGAUGAUUGACGCCGACGGCCAGAAUUUGUCGAAUGACAUGCCAAUGAUUGACGGCGGCAAUAAAUCUGCCAUCGAGGCCAUGCCGAUGCUUGAUAACGGCGGCAAGACCCUUGACAGCGAGCCCAUGCCGAUGCUUCACGAUGAUGGCCUGAACUUGGAGACACAGGCAGCACCUACAGUCGCCACGAGCCAUGAGUCUGAGAAGCAAGCCAGUGAGUCACCAGAGGAGGUCGCACAAAGGAUCCAGAAGCAGGCCCUGGAAGAGGCGGCAGCACAGACGACGACGGCUGCCGCGCACAGAGAGACCGAGGCGGAGAUGCGGGAGAGGAUCAAGGCAGAGGUCGUGCGCGAGCUCCAAGAGCAGAUCAGGGCUCAGAUCAUGCAGCAGAGGAGCAAGGAGGAGGCGCCCGCUGAGGCGUCGCAUGGCCAGUGAGGUGCCAGCGGCCAGUCUUGGCCAAGCCCCUGCUGCUUGCGCCCCCUCCUGCUGACACCCGGCACUUCGACGCGGCCGGCUCGUCGCCAUCUGUGGGAGCCUGGAGGCCAGCUUCGGGCCUCGGGACAGUCAAAAGGGCGGCCCCUGCUGGAGAGCCGUCCCCGAGGACGGGGUCAAGAUCUCCGGGGGGCCUCGCGCAUCGAACGAACCGGAGCGCCGGCUGUCUGGACUCUGCUCGAUCUCCCUGCCUCUCCCCCCAUCUGCCCUCGCUGCCCCGGCCCAUCUCCCUCGUUCCCACCUGCUCCGCUUCCUGCCGGUCGCCGUUCCUCUCUUCCGUGUUGGGCCGCAGUGGCCUUCCGCGACCGUGCCGCGCUGUGCCUCCGACUUCGUACGCGCCCCUUGCAUGGGAAGCCUCUCCCCCCCUCCUCCGCCGCCCCC